CGGCGGGAUAUGUGUAAGCAUGCGACGCGCCGCGGAAAUGUAUUUCCAGUUGCUCAGUCACUCAAACAAUGAAUUUUGAAGGAAAAACUAGUAAAUCUGAUCGUCAAGUUAUCCAUAAAAAUGUUUCAGUCAGAAAGCUGAAAACAAAGACAAGUGAAAAAAGUUUUAUCUGGACAAAUGUCACGCUUCAUAUUAUACUAUUUCUUAUGGCAAUAACAGCUGGUUAUUUGCAUUGUUUUCAUGUUUCGAAUUUGCAUGAAAAUGACCUGUUUUUCUCACACUUAUCCAAUUUGGAGCGUGAGCUGACAUUUAGGACUGAAAUGGGAUUUUACUACUCCUACUUUAAACAAAUCGUUUUAGCAUCAACUUUUGUGGAAGGAUUCAACUCAUUGCUUACUGAUACUAGGACUGAAUAUCCGCCUUGCUUAAGCCUAGUAAAUGAUACAGGUACUCAAAAGACUAAUCAAUGUGCAAAUCUUAAUUCUAUUGAACGAUUUAAUCUGUAUCCUGAAUUGUUGCUAGCUGGUGCUUACAGAUUCUUACACUUAUUUGAUUUGAUCAGACAUUACUGUUUUCAAGUUAAAAGAGAUCCACCGACUAAUCCAAUCGCGAUCGCUAUAAAUCCAAAUAUAAUGGCAAAUUUAUCACAACUUAGAAAGCUAGAUGUAAUACCAUCGAAUCAAUUGAAGAUCAACAGUAACUCGAUUAUAAGUUGUGAUGGAUCUGGCGAACCGCCAUAUUUCUAUGUAAAUUCAGUAUUCAUUUUGUCAGGUCUGGUACUCUUCGGUUUAACUUACUCUGGUUGGUUUGUUGUUAAGAUUGGGAGUUCAAAUCAAUCUAAAAUGGAUCAUAUACUACAGCUUAUUGGCGGAUUUCUUCCAAUUUUAGCAUAUUUCUCUAAUCAUAGAGAAGCUACACGUGUUCAAUGGACUCCACCAUUGAGAGAAAGCUUUGCUUAUCCAUUCUUUAUAAUUCAACAGUCUUUUUUAUUAGGUUAUUUUGGAUCAAAUCAAAUGUUACGAUCAUAUCGAGGGAAAAGUUUCAUUUGUUUACCAAUAUACUGUAUACUGCUAUUGAGUUGUCAAAUUUCAUGGCAAUUUUCCCAAUUCGCUUUACUUACUCAAAUUAUAUCGAUUAUUUGUGCCUUUUGUUUAUCACUAUCAUCAAAUACCCCUUAUUCUCUUAGUUCAAACCAACAAAAAUCAGUUAUUCUAAGCCUUUUAUUCAAAAUAAAACAGAUCAUAUGGAUUCAUUUAAUUGUAUUCAAUUUAUCAUUUAUAUUACAAUUUGGCAAUCGUUUACUUCUACAGUCUGGUUAUAUGUUUAUUCUACUAAGUAGUUUAUUAAGUGUAUAUAUACUUCAACAACUAUUAAAUACCUAUAAUCCAAUGACAAUUAAAAAGAAAGAAGUAUCUACUCGAUCAUCAAUGAUGAAUAUUACAUUUAUACGUUUUCUAUGCUUACCAUUAUUGGUUGUCUGUCUAUGUACGAUCGGAUUAAGUUUACUAUUCUCAGUUUUCUCAAAGUAUGCUUUCAAUAAUAAUUAUGAUUUAAACAGAAAUAAUGAUAAUAAUCACAAUGACGGGGGUCAUAUAUGGGAUUUAUUAAAGCAUAAAUUAACCAUAUUAUUUGGUAUUACAACUUAUAAAACAUUUCAUACAAUGUUGUAUAUAUGUGCACCAGAGUUUGAUUUUAUCACUUGGGCCACUUUAAAACAACCUCUUGAAACUGGUCUUAUAUACGGUUCCAUUCUAGUCUGCUUCAUCGUUUCUUUUAAAUUAUUCAGGAACUUGUUCAGUUCUCAUCGUCACCAUCAUCUUUCAGUAACUGUAAAUAACCAGUUGUUUAACAGUGAUAAUUUGUCAAGCUGUGAAUAUUCAUUUCAAAUAUUGCGAGAUUUUAUUUCACUAUUAGUUAUCAUUCAGUUGGCGAUUUUUACGAUUAUGGCUAUGUUAAUUAUGAGACUCAAACUGUUCUGGACACCUCAAAUGUGUUUAUCACUCGCUAUAUUAGCUCAGCCUACACGAUGGUUUGAAAUGUUUCAUGAAGUGAAAAGCAUUGGUGGCCGUGUAUUUCGUACAUCGUCAUUGAAUAGCGCCUGUGAACCUGAAAAAAAGACAAAACGUUCAUUUUGGUUUCAUCAUGUUAUUUAUACAACAAUACUAGUAUUGUUCAUAGCGUUUAUGGCUGGACGUGGUUUGGAGAAUUUGAAAUCUGAAUGGAGUAUACAAGGUUCAUUUAGUGCGUAUGAAAGUGAAAUAUUAAUUAAUUGGUUUCGAAGUUUACCGCAAAAACGUGAAGAUUCUACCUUAUCGUCAUCAUCCUUAUCAUGGAUUAUAUCUGGACCAAUGUCUUUGUUAGGCAAUCUACGUUUAACAUUACCAGCCUCUGCUCCUUAUCCAUCUACUCAAAUUGUUUCAUUGAAUGAAUCUGGAUUUGCUUUUACAAAUCAUCCACAUUAUGAGAAUACAAUACUUCGUUAUAGAACUAUUUUAGCUUAUGGGAUUUAUAGUCGUAAACCUGUUCAUGAUGUAUGGCAUACAUAUCGUUAUAUUUUAAAAGCUGAUUUUGUAAUAGUAGAAACUCAUACAUGUCCGUCUAGAGGUGGAUGCAGUAAACCGGAACUUUUUGAUCUACUCGAUACAAAUCUUGCUGGACGUCCAGCACUAUGUGAAUCACUAAUGAAUAUACAAGUUUUAAAAGCUGGUAGAACUCCGAGUACUUUGGAACCAUAUUUUACAGUUGUUUAUGUUGAAAUGUACACAGGCAGAGUUGUACUAUAUGUGAAUAAAUUGACGUAAUAUAUAAUUUAAGCAAGUAGGCUGCUUACAGCUUUAAAGAUUAUGUACAGUGUCGCCAUGAAUGUAUGUUACCCAGAUGCUCAGUCAUUUGUGAUUACAAUGUAAAUCUCUUUGUAAACACAAACUACUAAUCAUUUCGUUUUUAAAAUGUUAUUAAAUCUAAUAUUAUCAAAAGUUAUGCAUAGCAUUUAAAUAAACGUUAUUUGAUUGUUGUUU